CAGAGCGGGAAAACCGAAAGGAGUACGUAAGAAGAAGCCUGAGCAGGUCACAACUUGCUCCAUACACAAGGGAGAGGCUGAUACGGCACUUUGAGAGCAAGGCACAGAUCCUGACCCCAGGCUUACAUGAUGAGGCCCAGUGCAGAGUGCCCAGGAGUGUAGUGCACACCACCCGUAUCACACCUGCUAUCACAGCAGUGCCAGGACCAGUUCUGGACCACCCUGGAGACCCUGCUUUACGUUAAACAUUUUUCAGUAGUCACUGAGAGGUGAGAAUAUGAUGGCUGUGUUCUGGAAGACUGCCUCACAUUGUCCAUCUGUCCCUUAUCAUCAGGUUCCAUGGGACUGUUCUGUCAGCUCAAGUAGCAUCUCUACCACUUGGAAAUAGACUGAGUUAAAUCAAGAGCUUCUCCUAGCAGGUUGCUUUUAUAUAGGUCUGAGGGUUGUUUGACCAGCAGCAGCUUUCCAGCCAUGUGAAAUAGAUUUAAAAAAAAAAAAAAAACAGCUGGAAGAGGAUGAACAGCUCAGCAGUCAAUAUUGGAAGCCCUGGUUCAGGAAUGGCCCCAGAAGUACCCUGUGAUCUCUUCAAAGAACUGUGGAUGCGGUUGAAGGAGUGUCACGACGACGAGGUGCAAAGUCUGCAAGGUAAAAUAAACAAGCUUAAAAAGGAGCGAUGUUUGGAUGCCCAGCGGCUGGAGGAGUUCUACAGCAAAAAUCAGCAGCUGCGGGAGCAUCAGAAAGUCUUGCAAGAGAAUGUCAAAGUUCUGGAGGACAGACUGAGAGCUGGGCUGUGUGAUCGUUGUGCAGUUACCGAGGAGCAUAUGAAGAAGAAGCAAGUGGAGUUUGAGAAAGUGCGGCAACAGAACCUGCGGCUCAUCACUGAACUCAUGAAUGAGAAGAACAGUCUCCAGGAUGAGAACAAGAAGUUGAACCAGGAACUGGAACACCUGCGCACCUCAGAGUCUCGGAAGGUCAGGGUCACGAUCCCUGACGCUGAGGAGGGCAUAAUACCAGACUCCCCAGUGCGCCAGGCAUCCAUGCCCUUAGUCAACAAAAUGAGACGUAGGAAGGAUGGUCGGCAUGUCCGCUAUGCAGAGAAUCCUGGACUGGUGUCCCAGAUGUCCAUUCUUAUUGAAGAACAUAGGGAGGGUGAUUAUACAGAAACCGUGACUGGUCAUGACAAAAGUGUACUUGUGCCAGAAACGUGCGAGAUGGAUGAAUCCCUGCGCACGAAAGUACACGGAAAAUUUGGAAGGCCUGGUAUGUCAGUAGUUGCUGAGACUUGUGGACUAGAUCUCCCUGAGGAGGAAUCCCAGAGUGUGCUGGACUCUGUAACUACAUCAGAGCUUAUUGAGGACAAUGCUAUUCAAAAGACUGGCUCCAUGAAGGGAAAUGAAAGAAGUUCCAGGCAUUUCUCAACGUCUCCAGAUUCUUCCAGCAACCUAGAAUGUUCACAACACUUGAAAACUUCAAGGUCUUUGAAUUUAGUGAAACUUCAAGAAUCCAAAAUAAAUGGUUCACCUUCUGUUCUGCAAGAUAUUAACCCUAACAAUUUGGAACACCUCCGGGCAGAGGUCAUUUCACAUACUUCACCUUUCAAAAUCAGCCUUUUAAGCAGGCUGUGCUUGCAGAACAAUGAGAAGCUUCAAGGACCUCUGGGCCAGGACCAGACUGUCACCAAAAAUGGCUUUGUCUGUAAAAACAGAAUGGAUUCCAAGAACGGUGAAAUCAAUGACUUGGUUGACAAACCUCUUGAUUUGUCGGACCACUUGCCAGGCAUCAGUCUAAUAGAGAAGCCUGGGGCUCUGUCUAAGGACAAGAUGAAGCAGGCUACUGUGGUGGAGAAAGGCCAAGAAAAGUCUUUGCUAUCGGUGUUGAAGGUCUACAAUGGCAGCGAGCCAUCUGACUAUCAAGAAGACCCCAAUCUGAAAGAUGGCUGCCACAGUUCUUCAAAGCAGAGCAAACAUUCGCCAUCAUUUAAGAUGCCCUCCACUCCACCUCGUGCUAAGACCAUCACCCAGCAGCUUUUUGAUGUACUGGUCCCGGAAAUCCAGGAGCCAGUCAGGAAGAAGUUGCGCACGAAGAAGGACUCCGAGACCGCCGUGGUGUUGCAGUCCAAAUUCUGUUCAAGAAUGAAGAAUACUCCUCCACAUGAGCUGGAUGACAAGCAGUCCUUAAUGGUUGAUCAGACAUGGAGCGUGGAUCCUGGAGCCAACCUUUCUCAGUACAUGACUAACUGCCCACCUCAGACAAAGCAGGGUGCCCCCACGUCUGAAGAUGAGACAGUCGACACAGACUGCACCUUUGUCAGCCACAGCAUACUUCUGAAAAGCACAAAGCAGAACAUGGACAGCACUUGCCUUGGGGUUGGGCAGAAAGCCAAUGACAGCCUUGCUGACAUCUUUGACAGGAUGACUUAUGGAGAGUACGAGUCAUGCCCUCAGGUGGAGGAGUUAGAGCUGGAACACAAGGAACAGGAGGAGGAAAUGGAAGAGUGUGUGGACACAGCAAAUGAAAGACUCACAGUUCCUCCAAAUCAAGUUAAGUCUCAUGUAAAUAAUAGUGACAGAAGAAAAGCCUCCUUCCCUCAUGUGGAAGUGGUACGUAAGAAGGAAGAAAGGAAGAAACUAAAAGGUCAUACAUGCAAAGAAUGUGAAAUAUACUACGCAGGACUCUCAGAGGAAGAGAGGCAGAAGAAGCUUUCAGCUUGCUCCCGACACCGCUUUCGAUACAUCCCACCCUCCACACCAGAAAAUUUCUGGGAAGUGGGCUUCCCUUCUACACAGACCUGUGUAGAACGAGGGUACAUUAAGGAAGAUGCCAAGCCACAUCAACGGGUGAGAAGGAGAAGACCAUACAAUGCCAUUUUCUCUCCAAAAGGAAAGGAGCAGACAACAUAAACGUUUACAGCUGAAACAUGGCAAAAUAAAGUUUUAAACAAGUGGCUAUACCAUUCCUAUUUUUUUCCCUGGUUAUAUGGUGAACCAAUAGACCCUUAGGAUAUAUGCCACUGCUUUUAACUUGAAAUGAAUGUAAGUCUGUUCCUUUUUACCUUGUCUUAUGCAUGUGGAAAGGAAAUGUCCCAUUUUUGAAACUAUCCAGUAGUGUGUCAUCUAGUAAGAUGAUGCCUUUGUGAUAUUGGGUCGACUCAGUGAGACACUAUUCAUAGCAUGCCACACUUCUGAAAAAUACUUUGCAAUUUAAAACUGUGGAAGUAUUAUGACUAAAUCUGUUUAUCUUUAAUAUAAGAAUUAAGCCUUAGUACUUAAAAGAUGGAAAACAAGCCACACUUGCUCUCCAUAUGUUUUUGCACAGCAGUUGAGACUCCAACAACUCUGAAGCUGAUAGUUCUCUAAAUGCCUUAAUUAUCACUUUGUUUUCCUGCAGUUAAUAAUUAUAUUAAACACU